AGAAAGAGAUAGAGGGAGUGCAGUUGUGAAAAGGAAGAGAAAGAAGGAAAGAGUGCAGUAGAGAGUCCAACAAUAUUGGAGACUCUUGUUUGAAAGCGUGUAGCACUUGGUCUUACAAUACGCAGCUUCCCCCCCUCCUUUAUAUGAUUUCGUCAUAAGAAGCUGUUUGCCGACUUUGAUACUUGCUCAAUAUUUGCCACACGCACUGAUAUUAUUCCCACACUCACACACACACACGCACACACACACACACACAUUCACAUUCACACACACUCACUGCCGCUGAAGAUCAACUUGGUUUAAUUAUAACAGUAACAUAAGCAUAUAAUCACACACAAAACAAUAUAUAUUCACUCACAUAUAAACUCUCACAUUAAUUUACAUUAAAAAUAAUAUUUAAACGAUAAAAGCAAUACUCAAAAUACAAAUCUCGCGAUUUUAAUUGAACACACGCGCACACAGGUAUUCAUUAAAUGCACAUUUAUUUCAUUUAUCAAUCGAUAAACCAUUAUUCAACAAAAUCAAUCAACAGAGUAAGUGUUUGACGUGCAAACAGACAUAUCUGGAUACUAUUGUUUCAUUGCCCGAGUUGCCUUUUUUUUUCGCCGUCUGCCUAAGUGCCACUACACACCAUACAUAGUACGGCCUUUCCACACAUCACAGAAAAAGCCAAACCAUGAAAACGUUGGUCGGAAUUAUAGUUCUCUUAACAGUUUGUUAUAUUCCUCUGGUAUCUUGUACCUGCACAGAAGAGAUGGUGAUCAGUGCCAAUUCAAGUUGUGCAAGUAUUCUCGAUGAUAUGUUUGAUGAGGAAAGAAAGGGUCCUGGAUCUUACCCCAUAGUCUGUGCAUAUUUCAACGACUAUCUUAAAUGUAUGAAUCUCCUCAUAAGUGAAUGUGACAAAAAGUAUCUUUUUACCUACAAAAGCUUCAAGGAAUUUUACACACGUCCUCCUUAUAGAUGCCGAAUAACUCCUACAUACACUGGUGGAUGUCAACAUAUAGCAGUGUCUGGAUGGGUUCUUCUUUUCGGAUUCGCCUACUUUUUACUACUACAAAUUGCUUGAGAUUAGUGCAUAGAUAACAAUUUUCUACUAGUGUACACUACAAUAUUUGCGUGCCAUCUUUUUAGCCGCUUGGCCAGGAGUACGGAGACUGUGUAUUAAAUGCUAAAGGAAAAAGGAAAAAAAAAAAAAAAAAAAAAAAAAAAAAAAAAAACGAACAUCAUAAAGAAGACAACUAGACGGAGCAAAUUUUCCAUUUUUGCUUAGUCAGCAUAAUUUUUUCAUUUUUUUUUUUUUAAAACUUAUUGUUAUUUUUCUUACAGCACAGAGUAAUGGCAUUUAUAAAUUGUCCUUCUAGUUAUCAACAUUAAAAUUUUACUCUUUAAUAACAAUAUUGGAAAUAAAAGUAUUUGAAGAAAAUGGAAAACCUAAAACUUAAUUUGAAACUUUAAACUCUUAUGCCUCAAUUUAACUAAUAUAUUCAAAAUCCAAGCUAUAAUAAGCCUUAUUCUGAGCCUUAAGUCUAAUUGCCAUUAAGAUUUUCUUAACUUCUGUUAAGAUUCUGUUUUAAAUUUUAGAACCUUAAUAAAGAUGUAAGAAUAAUAAUUGAUAUAAAGCUAAACACUUUACUCUACAUUCUCUCAAAGUUUUAUGUCAGUUAAUCUAUUAAAUGUUUUCUCCUUCCAUCUACCUGUCUGUCUAUCUUUCUCCAUUUUUGCCAUUUUCUCUUAGAAAGGAUUUAGAUAUAUAACCAGAAAUAUUUUAGCAAAGAAACAGGCUCACAAUAUGCAAUUUCUACAUCUACAAACUAACAUCUGUUUAUACAUUUUUUCUUGCUUUUUCUCUUUGCACAUCUCACAUGGUAUUUUAGCAUGGUAAAUCUGAUAUUAUAGAUAUUUGGCAUGUCAGCUUCUUUUGGGGAGAGGAGUUGCCAGUACAUAGCAAAAUGCCUAUUGUAUCUGUGAAACACACAAAUUAUAAUUAGAGGAAAUAAAUACAUUGAUAAAAUCUGUACAUAAUGAGAAUUCCAAGUCUUAUUGCAGAAGGAGUCAUAUACUAUGAAAUUAAAAUCACUGUUUAAAUUCAAUAUUAAAUUCUUAAGUAAAAAAGGAAACAUUCUAAAUGAUGGUAAGGUCCACAUUUUCCUUAUCAAAUGAAAUAAACUUUUGUUAUAACAAGUUUAAAUAAUUUUCAAAAGAAUGAAAUAUUAGGAUGAAGGAUUUUUUUCUUUAUUUAUACAUUAAAAUCUUGCUAGGGUCAAUUUUGACUUUUUUAAUCCUUCUGUAGUUGAUAAAGUGCUAGUCAAGAACUGGAGUAGAUCUACUCAACCAUAUGUUUCCUCUAAAGUCCUGUGUUUAUGUUAGCAACUAAUUAUAAAUUUUCUCUAUGAAUUUUAGUAAAAUAUUAUAUGACUCUAUCUGUAAAUGAUUAAAGUAAGUGGAUUUUAACAAGUAAAUGUUUAUAAAAACAAUCUACUCUGGUAGACGUAUCUCUGUUUCAGUAAAAAAUGAUUAAGGCAAGGGAAGUAAUGUGCCUUGCCUAAGAGUACAGCUUAACGUUUAUUAGUUGACUUUGAAUUCUUGACCCUGCAUCAGUAACCAGGUUUGAUAAUCAAUUUAGUCUUUAAAUAUAAAAUAAAUAUUUUGUAUUUAAAACAGCAAUAUAAUGACUUGUGGCCAUUUAAUUAAUUCAUUAUACAUUGAUGUAUUGGAACUUGAAAGAUUAUCUGCUUCGGUGAUCUCCCAGUUUGUAGUUUAUCUACCUUUAUCAUUGAGCUACUGUUGAUAGCAAUAAAAAUUAAAGUGCAUCUGAUCUCAAAAGAUUCAUUAGAAAAAAAUUAGGAACAGAAUAAAUUCCAUAACCACCAUUAAAAUUAAAAACAACUGUAAUUAGGUGGUGCAACUCUGUUAGACAUCAUUUGAGUCACUCAGUGACUGCAACUUAUACAAAUCUAGAAUGAUAUUUCAUCACUGACUAAUAUUAUGAUACUGUGUAAUGUUAUAAAAAAUAAUCUCUGACAUGUUGUAAACUGAUAUGUUAUUAAUUACUGCAAUAGGCUGAAUUAAACCUCUUGGAUUAUUAAUAAUCUUAAAAUGAAACAUAAACCCUAUCAACAUCUAAUCUAAAUAGUGAUCUUCUUCACUUUUGGUAAAAAAUAGUAUUUCAGAUAUUACACUUAUUUCUAAAUAAAAUUAUUUAAAAAUCGAAAUCUUUUCUCAACUUUUCAAUAGAUAUUUAGAAGAUUAAGCAGGACUGAAGUUUACAUGGUUACGUUGCUGUAUUUUAACACCAAUAACUGCCUUCAAAAUAAAAUUCUAUUUCUUCUCUUCCCAAAUCUUAGUUUACUAUUUCAGUAACAAUUGACUAAAACUGAAGAAUAUAUUCUCUAAUUGUAUGAAAAUUAUUCUAAUUGCCAAUUAUUUUCCCUCAACUGGAACCUCAGUUCAAACUAAAUGCAAAGUAAGUCUUGGAGAAAUAUUACAAGUUAACAUAAUAUGUUAUGUGUGUUACCAAUAAUAUUGCAGUACCUUGCCCUAUAUAUAUCAACCAAUGUUUUAUUACCCUGCUAUAAUAUCAAUCUCACUCACUAGUGACCUGCAUGUUCACUGGUGACAGGCACAUUCUCUUUUAGCCUUAUGAAAAUCCUACAAGCAAUUCAUUAGAUUUAUUACUCAAAUCAUUACAUCAGUGUCCUUUUACAGUUGUGAUAUUUUACCUUAGUAGUUGGUCACUUCUAGACCAACUAUUUUUUUUCUUUUUUUAAAAUUUUUGUAAAUGAAAAUUCUCAGGACUCAUUUGAAAUUUCACAGGUGCAGGAAAGUGACCGUGGUUAAGUUAAAGUUAGGUAAAACUAACUGUCAAAGUAGUUAUCAAUUCAUCCCCAAAUAACUUAAUCAAUAAAUCCUGUUUUGUAAGAGAGAGCUCAACAAAUUGGUUGUUGUUCUUCUUAUUUGAAUUCUGUGAUCACUUUUUGGAAGAGCAAUACGAAUAUUGUCAACUGUUGGAAAAUAUUUCCAAAACAACCUAAUGCAAUAACCUGAUUUUAGUUCAGAAGGAAUAUUUUAUGAACCUAUGAAAGAACAAAGAACAAGAAAUGUUAUGACUUUGCCUGUAUGAUAUUGACUAUAAGUUAUUUCUAUCAAAUAGAUGUUAACAAGUAAAUCUUUGUAAAAGCAAACAGUUUUCUUUGGUUGGAGCGUAUCAAUAUUUCUGUAAAGAUAAUUAAGGCAAGAUCAUAUAUCAUUACAUAUGAUAUUUUAAUUAAAAUAAAUGAAAGAAUAAAAAUAUAAUCUAACUGAAAUAUAGUUAAUUUAUUAUUCUUCGUAAUGCAAGAUUUUAACCCAGUUUUCUGCUGUGGUAUCUUUCAACGUUUUGGUUAUAAUUUUUUUUAAAGUGAAAGAAAUCUGUUAUGAAGCUAAGAACAAAAAAAAAAAAAAAAUCUAGAAAUCUUUAAAAAGCUGCUGGCACAAGAAUGGGAAGUCAUUACUUUAGUAUUAGUUAAUUUUAAGAACAUUUAACCUCUAGCAAUAUUUUUUCUUUCUUUUUCUUUUAAAUUAAAUAAUAAUUUCUAAUUGAACUUUCUGAAAAAAAUGGCCUCAUCCUAUAAAAUGCAAUUAUUGCUUGCUUUUGGUGUUAUAUUUGUUGUUGCAGUACAGUUUGUACAUGAAAGUGUGUGUAUGUGUAUGUAUGUGUGUGUGGGCAUGCAUUUUUAAAUAUUUUCUUGAUAGAUGUUAUGAAAAAUGCAUGACAGAUUUGUGAAGCAGAAUUUUAUACCAACUUCUUAUAUGGACAUGUGUAUACAAGUUGUAAGUUAUUGUUUGGGGGAAUGAAAGCAAAAAGUUAAUCUAGAAGCUAGUCUGAUCACAGAAAUCUCUCUUCUAAGUAAGUAUAUCAUUACCUGAUGAAAUUUCUAAUGCACCAAGUUGAACAACACGUUUCUCUACUCACCUCGCUCAAGACUUUGAGAUAUUGACUUCCUAGUCUCUGGCUUGACCUUCACACACUGCCAUUUGUAUGAACCAGUGACUCAACUGAGUUAUCCAUAACAUCUGCUUUGGUAACAGCAAUGAUAUGUUCAAUAUUUAGACAUAUCUGACUUUGCUUGCUCACAACUAAUGUUUGUUUAAAUAGCUUAAACCUUCUCACUAGAAAUCUAAUGUGCCACAUGGGGGAACAAUGAAAUACAAUAUUUCAAAUAUUUUACUUCCUUCUCUUUCGCUCUCCCCUAUUAUUCUAAACAAUUCCUUUAUUUCUGUUUAUCAUCUUUAUAUACAGAUUGCCUUUUUAUAACCAAUUAUUAUUAUUUUUAUUAUUAUUAAUUAAUAAUAAUGUAUGAAACUAAACAAGGGUUAUGAAAUAAGAGUUACAUUAACCUAAUGGAAAACCCUCAUAUUGUGGCAGAUUAAUGUAGCAAACCGUCCUAAUUCAUACCUUUUUUGUUAUAAUCGUUGGUCUAAGAAACUAAUUUUGGUGGUUUCAGUACAAAUGGUUAGCAUUUUGUACAGUGCUUAGAGGAAACUGUUUAAUUAUCUUUGUUCAUCCAGUAAUUAAUAUCGUUAACAGCAGAUAUCUUCAACGGUAGAUGUUUCUUGUAAGGAAAAGAUCAAGAUCGACAACUUAAUGUCUAGGCUGAAUCAUCUGUCCUUAUCUUUACCAUCAAGUACAACAUCUUUUUGCAUAUUUUCAAAAUAAUGUCACAUUCAUGAGAUUGGAUGUCUAUGACAAUUCAUAUCUAUUAAUAUAAAGAUCUGACAGUAAACUACUGUCAGAUUGGGUGAGGGCUUAGUUUUCCUCACAACUAAAGGUUGUGCAAGUUUGUCAACGAAUAUAAGAAUAUAGUUACACUUGUAAAAUGUUUUAACAACAAAAAUACUGCUGUGUGUUGUUUACUUGAUUGAACUAAGAACUGUAUGUACUCUUAAAGAAUGAAUAGUGAUUGAAUGACUACCAAAAAAAACCCUUUGUGAUUAGAACUUAGACACUGAAGUCACCAUUUUUUUCUUUUUAAACUUUUGUUCUGUUAUCUACAGAAGUCCAUGGUUGUAGUAGAGUACAAUAUCAAAACUGAAAGUAAGUUGUUUAUUGCAUUUUUUUGUUUGUUUUUGAUCUUACCAUUGUUUUGUUUUGUCAGGGAAAUGUAUGAAAGCAGAAACAAAGCUAGAAGCUGUUGAAUAUACAAUAGUUGAGAGUAUAUCAAUGAAUUGUCUAUGUCCAUACCAGUGAUUGUUAAGUCAAUGCAAUUCCAGUCAAUAGAAAACGUUAACAAUUUGCUCUUUUGGAAGCACUUUAUACAAAGUACUUUUUCCCCCCUCUUUAUCAUAAUAUUCUUCCACAUGUGUUGAUGGUGAAAUAACAACAAUCAAUCAAUAAUGCUAGUUUUUUUGUUGUUGUUUUUUUUUUUAAAUUUUUCUCAUGUACUUUCACAGUUUUAUUUACAAAUAAAUUUUGAAAAUUAA